AUGUCGACGCAAACCCUAAUCUGUAUUAGAAUGCAGCAUGCUACUGAGAAGAUAUUGAUCAGAGAAUUCGCCAAUAGAAUCAGAACAGUGGUUGCACAGCGACCCGAUGAUCAAGAGGCCCUGCGCCGGGCUCGAGUGGCUACCCGAUUCUAUCACAGCUUUUGCAGUUCUUGUCCAACUCCCCAGCUUCUUCCACUGCGCCAUGUGCCUGUUUUCCCAGUGCGGACGCACAGUCGCGGAGUCAAUUUACCAACAGAGAUAUGGACGCAAAUCAUCGGCAACGUCAGUAACUGGGUUGAUCGGGAGGGCAGGAUGUAUCGGUCAGAGGAGACAAAAACAUUGAUGUCUCUAGCUCGCACCUGCAGUCUAUUUCAGCAUAUUACCGAAGACUAUAUAUAUCGCCUUUUGCCAUUCAGAGGACAUUCUUGGGAAGUAUGGCGGUUUCACUUUUCAAUCAGUAUCGAGCCUCGCCGCGCCAACCUUGUCCGAUCACUCUUUCUCUGGUGGGGUGAUGAGCACCAAAGACUGGUUGACCUCGUCCGAGCCUGCCCAAAUCUUGGCAGUUUAGCACUUAGAUGGGUAUCUGGAAGCAGGUUCUCAGAGUCGUCGCAAAGACAUGAAGAGGGUAUGAAGAGGUUACUCCAAUCAUGUCCUCAAGUCAGGACCUUCAGGUUCCCUGGGACUUCCCAACCACUUCAUGAAGACGCGGAUCUGGGCAUACGUGCUGCCCAGUUCUAUAAAGAGCUCACUGAACUUGAAACAGACAUGAACACUGGUUGGGCGACGCAUGCCCUAUCGCAUUAUGACUUCUCCAAUCUGACAACCUUGAGUCUAGGGCAACCAUUUCCCAAAUAUGGGAUUCAUGAUCCGUAUUGGAUUCCCCCCGCGGUCUAUGCAAACGUUCCGCGGCUACAAAAAUUGGUUUUGAGUGUGGGACUGAUUGACUUCACUUCUUUGAAGGAUGCCUGUAUUGGGUGGGGACAUACACUUCAGCAUAUCUGUCUUGAUACACGUACCCAGGUUUACGAAGAUUUUGGAGAUUUGCUUCCAUUUCUGCCGGCCCUAGAAGAGAUGGUAUUGCUCUCAUCAGGCGUCGACCCAGUGACACAAACGAUUAUUGAAAGCAUCACGAGAAGCCGUCGCCUGACAACAUCGCGCCUUCGGACUGUCGUUUUGGGAAGACUUCCUAAAUGCCACGUACUAAUGCCAUAUCCAUCAUGGGCACCACCCAUAGAUUCGGCUCUUCAAUCUAUGAUGGACAUUUUACAUCCAACCUUGGAGACGCUGUAUCUGGCCUGCCACCGGUCAGUUCAAAGACCAUGCCUUGACCAUCUAAAAAAGGCCAAGAAGUUGAGACAGCUCAGGAUAUAUUUCGAAGAAGACGUCAAACAAGAAGAUAUUGAUGAGUUGGCGGAAUGUACCGAGCUUAAAAACCUGCGGCAAGAACAUCAGCUACUGGAUGGGGGGGAGUAUUCAUGUUUAACUGGUGGCGAGCCCUUCGAAUUGCAAUUUCGUGAAUAUGGACAUGGCUGGGGUGAAAGGACAUGGUAA